CUCCAGUCUAAGACCAGAUGCACAAUGUUCGAAAUAGGUGAUCAGAACGACUGCGUCACCUUCAACCAGUAUGCCCAGCGCUGCUCGGGCAUGGCACCCUGCCGGAACUGCCGCCAUCGCCUGGCCGAGCAUGGCACCCAGCCCGGCGGUGUUCAGAUAGAUUCCGAGUACUAUAAGAAGCUGCUCAGCGAUGUAUUCCGGCUAAUCCAAACGACCGACGAAGCAGGCAUUCAACCUUUCCUAGAGCUCGUCCGGAACGGGGCCACAUUCCCAGAAGCUCGCUGCUAUCUCGACGAGCUGUCACAGGGCCUACCAACACCAGAAGCAGCAUCGAGCGAGUCUCUACGACAGGUGAGACUACGAGCUGGAUACGAGCUGGAGAGCAGUACGCCGCCGUUACGAUCCAAGGUGAUGGAUGUUCACUACCUGUGUGAUUCUGCGCCGGUGAAAGUACCCGCGCAGCCGUGGACGACGGUUACAGAUGACGAUGCGCUGGUGUCGCAUUUGAUCUCGCUUUAUUUUACAUGGGACUAUCCGUUUUAUGCGUUUGUGGAUCGCGAGAUCCUGAUUAAACAUAUGCAGGCGGGGAAUCUGCAGUCGGACUUUUGUAGCCCGUAUCUUGUUAAUGCGCUUCUUGCUAAUGCUUGUCACUACUCACACUACUCCGAGGCGUAUACGGUGCCCGGGGACGUGAAGACGAAAGGCACGGACUUCCUAGCAGAGGCUGAGAGGCACAUGAAGAGCAGCCACUUUGAGAGAGGAUCCAUCGUGCGGCUUGCGUCGCUGCAAGCCACGCUGCUACUGUAUGAAAGAUAUUCCAUGGUGGGAGACGAUGAUAAAGGGUAUAUCAUGCUCAACCAGGCGAUUGAGAUGGCCGAGGCGCUGGGAAUCAUUAACCGCCCCGAGCUGAACCUGAACCGCUCGUUUAUGUCGGAGGAUAUGAUUUCGUCUGUCAAGCGGACUGCGUGGGGAGUAUUCCAGAUUGAUACGAUUGUGCAUACGAAUUUCCUGCGGCCGAGCCUGGUGACUGAUGUCAGUAUUGAGCAGAUCGACCGGGAUGAGUCGAAGCCGACGGACAUGUGGGUUGCAUAUCCUUUAAGCAAACCGGACAGGCCGUCGUGGCUCAGCCAGGCGUUUGACGAAGCGUGCCGUCUGUCAUAUAUCGCUCGGGAUAUGUCACGGACACUGAGUCCAAGAUCUGAUCCGGCUGGGAAUACGCCAGAGAAGAAGCUGGAUCUAUAUAACAAGCUGCGACAGUGGGAGGCCAAUCUGCCAGCGACAUUUAUGCCGAGAGAGAGGCCAGCACCGCAUAUACUGUUACUACUGAUGCGAUACCAUGCGCUGCUCAUAAACCUCUACUGCGACUGGUUCGACGGCAAGCCUCCAUUCAACACCAUGACAGGACAAAUCGCCCAAGAACCCUCCACCCGAAUCGCAGACACCGGGGCACUGUCAAUAGCCCUAUCCUCAGCACGAGAAAUCGCCCUCCUCGCCCGCCUGCACAACGACGAAUUCGGCAUGGAGCGCGCCCACCAGUUCGCCAUGUACGCCAUCCUACUCGCCCUAUUCGCCUUCCUCGAACAGCAAUCCUUCAACGUGCUCGACAACGACUUCCUCUCGCUGACCAGUACAUUCUCGGGCAUUGCCGCACGCUCGCCCAUCGGCAUGCACCUGCUCCAUAUCUUCCGGCACUCGGUGAAAUUCCGGCUGCAGUGCGGCAAGUGGGAGAGCUCGGUGGGAGUUCCUGCGGAGGUGGACGAGAUGUUCUUGAAGAAUACGGCGCCUGAGAUUCCGGGGAGGUGGAAUCGCUGUGUGGCGGGGCUGCAGCGGUUGGCGGAUAGGGGCGAGUAUAUUGGUAGUCUGGAUGGGGGGUGGCAGGGGCAUGCGGCGUCGGGGAUCAAUGAGAUGCUGCGCAAAGCCCGCCGGAUAAAAUGCGACGAGGCAAAGCCCGCCUGUCGCAACUGCACCCGCUCCAAACGGACCUGCAGCUUCACCACCAGCCCGCAAGACCCCAAAUCCAACCUGCGCAUCGUCGUCUACACGCCCCGCGCAACCUUCGCCACAACCGGCGCCGAAAAGCACUCGCUGGACUUCUUCCUCGCCCAGAUGCGCUCCCGCUUCCCCAUCCCCUUCUCCCAGCCCGUUCUCCAGGCCGCCCACCGCGAGCACGUCCUCGCCCACGCCGUCAUCGCCCUCGGCGCAAUGCAGCAGGUGUAUGAGUACGACGACCCCUCUGCAAUCGGCACCUGGAGCCCCAUGACCCAGUUCGCGAUGCAGCAGUACGGCAAGGCCCUGCGGUUCCUGCAGGAUAGAGUGACUCUGCACGCCCGGGGGCUCGCCUCAGCCCAGCCUGAUCUCAUCCUCAUCUCGUGUAUUUUUUUCGCCUGCUUCGAGUGUCUCCGCGGAUCGAACCAGGCUGCCAUUAUCCAUAUGCGGUCUGGGCUGAAUUUGCUAAGGGAGUAUGAGUCGGAUCCGCGGACGGGGUCUCUUGUCCCGAAACGCACGAUGCGCUCGCUGUUUACGAGGCUGGAUAAUCAGCUUAUUGAGAUGCGCGGGAGUAGUCUGAGUAUGACAUCUCAGGAUAGUUUUGAGGUUGUAGCGCAUGACCCGGCUCCAGGUGAUGAUGUGCAUGAUGCGCUGAAUAGUUUGUGGAACCAUAUCCUGCAUGGAAUGUUAGAUUCAGCACGGGCUGUUGCAAAGGGAGAGUCACCGGGGGAUGCGAUUACGACGCCGCAGAAUGAUGUCAAGACGAAUAUGAAGAAGCUGCAUGACAGCUUUAUGCGAGAUCCAAUAGCUUACGGGCUGGAUUAUGGGCAGGACCCGGAUAUCCUGCGGAUAUGGUUCUUGCUCUCGCCUAUGCUGUUGACGGCGCAUACGUGGGAUCCGGCGGAUGCGUGGGGGCCGCAUAAUGAUAACUUUGCCAGGAUUGUUGCCUUGGCGGAGGGGUAUCUUGCGCGGUGUGCAGCCAGCCAUCCAAGUAGGAAGCGGACAUUUGGGUUUUCUCUCGGGGUUGUGCCUCCUCUUGUCUUGACGGCGACGCGGUCAAGGGAUCCGGAUGUGCAGCAGAAGGCGCUGUACUUGCUGUCUAUAUGUAAUCGGCGAGAGGGGAUCUGGGACUCGAAGCUGGCGGUGCAGUUUGCGAGCAAGACGAUUGAGCUGGAUAAGUCUGUCAGCAACCAGUCGAGCGAAGAGCAGGCGGCUAUACGACUGAAGAACCGGGCCGCGACGUUUGAUGAUAUUCUUGUGGAUGAUGAGGAUGUACCACAGCCGGAACCGGAUCUGAAGGAGGAGGAAUAGGUCAUAGGCUGUAUCCAGUGUAUAUUCGUCAUUUGGUCAUCUCCUUUUGGACUGUGGAACAACUGCUCCAUUAUGUAUAUAUGGAGAGAAUAAGGAUUUAUAGCCGCUGAGAG